AUGUCGCAAUCCCACUAUUCGCUAAGAUGGAACAAUCAUCAGGCGCACAUACUGUCGGCAUUUGACGCUUUGCUCCAAGCCGAAACUCUUGUAGAUGUGACACUGGUUUGCGCAGAAACGUCCGUGAGAGCACACAAAGUCGUGUUGAGCGCUUGCUCCCCAUUUUUCCAGAGGGUUUUCUCCGAGAAUCCUUGCAAGCAUCCUGUCAUAGUCCUGAAGGAUUUUAGCGGAUGGGAGGUCCAAGCCAUCGUAGAUUUUAUGUACAAAGGUGAGAUCAGUGUUGUCCAAGAGCAACUGCAGAGCCUGAUCAAGGCUGCCGAGAGUUUACAAGUCAGGGGACUUGCUCAACAAGAUCAGUUCGCCGUUGAUAAGGAUUCCAGUGCAAUCACAAAUCACAUGCCGACGCCCUCGACCUCGCCGAACGAUUACGACAGGAAUUUUUAUCCCACGGGAAGGUUCCCGACUCCGGGAACUACAGUCAAAACUCCCGGGGAACGUUCGUCGCCCUUUUCGCCUCUGCCAGGUCCGAAUUUCGAACCGCCGUUGAAAUUACCUCACAUGUCGCAUUUAUCGUUUCCCGAAGCCCUUUUGCCGCGUCCGGAUUGUCAAUCGCCGAUCCCCAGAAGGAAACAGGCGAGGCCCAGGAGAAGAUCGGGAGAAAUGUGCGGAGCCCAGGAUCUUAGUACCACGGCACCUAAAGUACCCUCGUCGCCGGUCGAAGAGACGGCAGAGAAUUUGUGCAUGAAAAAACAUACCAAAGAAAGCGAUAAGCCCAAGGAGAUGCUCAAAGUAAAAAAGUUAGAAUCCAGAACUCCCGAACCCGAACUGACGAAUCAACACGAGAAAGACUACAGUUCUUCUUCGCCCAUGAGCUUGCCACCUAUGCUGAGUAUGCCUCAACAUGACUUGGACAAUCAUUCACCUUUAGCCUUUCCUCCCAUGCCUUCUGUUUCAGCACUUGCUAUGACACCUCCUCAUACGAAAUUUUUUGGAUUAGAUUCACCUUUGGGUCUCUUUCCUCCGGGACUAGAGGGUUGUAGGAAUCCCCUGUUGGAGAUGGCCGACCCACGAAACACCCCUGAGUCACAACUGUUUACCAAAAAGAAAAUGGGUAGGCCAAAAGGUCAACAUUCGGCUCCUCGAGGAGGUCCUCCGCGAUCUUGGACAAACGCGGAACUGACAGAAGCGCUUCAACACGUAUGGAACAAGAAAAUGACCACUAGUCAGGCUUCCAGAAUUUUUGGCAUUCCCUACAACUCGCUCCUCAUGUACGUAAGAGGGAAAUAUGGGAAAAGCCUCAAAUUAGAACAGCUCAGAAAAGACUGUAUAGGUAAUCCAACACCUGAUUUUCUUCACAUUGGAGGAAACAACAACAACAACACUUGCAAAAACGAGCAAAGGGAACCGGAUCCGAUCCAGCCGAACACAAGACCUUCUAGUAGAGAGGACCUUUCGAAUCCCCCUCCCGUGUUUAAUCCUUUCGCGCCCAGUUUUUAUCCUGAUUUCGGCACGUUUCCCAUUCCCGUGAGCAUGAUCCACUUACUGCCACAAAGCGAAAAGAACCGGGACCACUACGGUCAACAGCAUCAUCCUCUGGACGACGAUCCAAAAACGGAUCGGAACAAGGACCUCAGCGACGAGCAUCAGGACCUUUUCAAGCCGCCAGCGAUAUCUCGCGACGAAAGGCGCGAACUUGUGCAACAGAACGGGCAAGACUAAGAUUCGUUGUGUCGCAUACUUAGUUUACGAUGUGUAUUGUAAUAGUGGUUGUAGCGUGGUACAGGAUUGCAUCCUUAGAGGACGUGAAUGAUCCACAGGACGCUGAUUUUGUCAUCAAAAUCAUUAGGACGUGCAAUUUAAAUGUGAAAUUGAUUAUUAUAUCCUCAAAAAUGAACAGAAUACAGGGUAUACAAUGAUAUACUUGGAAGCAAAGCGAUUGACCCGAUUUCUUGUAAGAAUUAAAUGAAAAAUAUAUUUAUACGAAUAGAUUUGCAAAAUUAUGCUAUUAAAUGUAAAUAAUUACAUAUAACACAACCCAGACGUCAUCGUGGAUUGUUCGACGUUCGUCUAUUGAUAAAAACAAAAUAAAAUGAAAAUGCAAACCCGUGCUGAGUAAGUCUGCAUCACUGUGAUUGGUUGUUGGUGCGUCCGCGUUAAGGACGCAUGCGUCCAAUGUUUUUCAUAGGGGCAAUAUUAGUUCUAGUAUCUACCUAUCGUGAAUAAAAAAAUAAUAGAAAGUAAUACGUGAAAAAGUCCGACUUGUGGUCACAAGACCGUUGGUUGCAAUCAAUUCGUUUCGCUAAAUUUUUUAUUACGCAUUCAGUAAUUCCGAGACUUUGGAUUCGAUCUUUCUGUGAUACGCGUAGGUCACAGUCAGUGUGUUUGUGCUUCCUUAUUUUCCUAUCGGGACAAACACGCCACUUUUUAUACCGUAAUAAUAGGUACCUACAUAAUUAUUAACAGGAACCGCGCAAUAGUGAGAAAAAUUAAAUAUUUCAUAUUUAGAGCCAAGCCAUCCUAUAGCAGUUUAGCUCGAUUAUUUUUCAGUUUUAAUAAGGGUUGUUAAUUAUACGAAGUGGUGUGCAAGUCCUGGGGGGUGUGUGUUUAAUUAUCUAGAACAAGAGACCGGCUAUAGGACGUCAAAAUUCGUUUUUUAUUUUUCGAUAAAGCAUUGGGCUUAUCUAAAUGCACUUAAAAAGUCUUAAAGCUGGACAAAUAUAUAUUUAUAAAUAUAUAUAAGACUGAUUGAUCCACAUUGCCAACGUUCCGACAGUUAAAUGUUACAAUGGCUACUAAUUUAUUAUUUUCUACUACAGCUACUACAGUUCCUCAAAAUAUUUUAGUAUACCAGUUUUACAGAUUUCUACCAAAUGUAUACAUCAUAAUUAAAUACAUACAUAAACAGUGUUAUUAUACAUCAUCUUUUGUUCUUGUUUUACGCCUAAAGAGGCGCACCCUUGUUCUAAAAAAGGCGCGAUAAAUAGACUAAUAGAGUGGGGUUGGGGGGGGGGCAUAUCAUCGAGUAUGUGAGAAGGAGUGAGAGAGAGAGAAAGAGAGAGAGAGCGAAUGAAUGGGAAGGCGCCUUUUUUGAAAAACGAUGCGACUGUUAUAUAUGUUAACGACUCAACCAGAUUUCUGCGAUAUUAGUACAGUAAUUUUUACAACCGUUUGUACAGUUGAUAAUAUAUUAUAAUACAUAUAUACAUAAAACCUACAAUUUUAUUUUUACAGAAAGAGAAGGUUGCACUGAUACUAUUUUACAGUUGCCGAUGUUUGUUUCUACAAUU